GCGAGCUCCGCCCAAUUCACGGUCCCCGAAGCCGCAACUUUACUGCCGACCUCUCGUAAAUCGCAACCUCACGACGCCGCAUCAAUUACGUUAGCCUCUCUCAACUACUGCAGGGAGCUUCACAACACUUGUCAUGGCGUCAGGAUACGGACUUACAGGGGGUCCCUCCCGCUGCUUUCCCUUCUGGCAGGAAUUGCUCGCCUGCUACGUCGUCAACACCUCCGGCGAGGAUGAUUCGGGCAAGAAGAAGUGUGCUCCGGCCCUUGAGGACUACUACGAGUGCCUGCACCACAAGAAAGAGCGUGCACGUGUCGAGGCCCUCCAGCUGGCAUACCGCAGGGCGGAACAUGCUAACCCUAGGGAAGAUCCUCCAACGGCAGGGCAGAUACGAAACUUGGGAUUAAUAGGAAAGGAGGAAGACACGAAGAAGUUCUUCUUUGACUACAGAGUCACCAAACUACCCCCAUCGACACCCGAAGCUCCAGAAACAAAAUACCUUUUCUUCAAAGUCUUCAUUAACGGUCGUCAUAUCGUGGCCUGGGGCAUUGAUCUCCGUAAAGUCACCAGCGGCUCGGCCUACCGAGCUUUGUACGGACCUGGCAGGCAUUACCAGCAUUACUCUGAAGACGGCAAGACUGUCAUGACGCAGCCAGGCAUCGAGGCGAGGUACUUCUGGUUCUUAUCUGAUGCCGGAACUUUCGGCCAGAAUAGCAGUGUCAAAUCGGUUGCCGAAGAUGGCGGACUCAUCGAGGUCCAGGUUUUCAGAGCCAAGGGAAGAACAAGUCGCACUCCCGUGCUGGACCCGUACCGCAGUCAGGACAGGUACGGCGUUGGCGUCUUGAGUGACGGCCUUGUGGACAGACCAGAGGAGGCAGCUUACUACGACUACCAUCUCUAUGACCCAAAAGAAGCCCCGUUUGCAACAUUUGAUUUCCACUACCGUUCGUGGCAGAACUUGAGACAACUUCAUAUCAUCCCACAAGAUGACCUUCAACCUUCUGCAUCACGCGCUGAUGAUACUUUCGGCCCAUCUGACGUUGGAUCUGCAAAGCCUGUGUGGGAAGAGUUGGAGGAGUUUGGGGGUGGUGUCCACAAGGAGCGCCAACAAAGGCAAACCCAGCAUUCCCGAAGCAGUUCCGCACCUAGGGCAUCAACCUAUAUGCUGCUCGAAGAGGAUAUCAGCAUUUUUGAUCAUCCACGUACUUGUGGUCCCGCUGCUCCGAUAAUGAGAAGAAGCAACAGUGUUGAUGUCAGAAAUUACCAACUGAGUAUCCCGCCACAGCUAGAGCCUCCCACCACAGCGUCUUUCAGUAACCGAAUUCCUCAACCUAGCAAGGCCCUGCGUGAUAGUACGGCUUGCGAGUUUCUCAUGCGCCGCCCAUUGCCGGAGCUUCCACUACCCGACCUAACAGACGACGUCGAUCCACGGACAUCCCGUGGUUCAAUAGCGACAUCAAGAAGGUCAUCUGUCUCCUCUAGAGCGCCCUCAAUCACUCCAUCACUGCUUCCAUAUAUUGAUGGGGAAUCAUUUGUCUCCGAGAGCUUCGAGCUUGGCGUGGCAAAAGGAAUAGAGCUCUCACAGAAGAAGGACAAGGAAGACAAGCUCUGGCAUCGAUGGUCGCGCAAGAAGACGGCUAUGGCAUUGCCUGCAGAGUGGUUAUCUUCUAGGUCUAAGACGUCACCGUCGACGGGACAAAUGGCGUUUGAUGAUUCAAAAACUCAAGAGACGGGAAAGCUGUCCAAAAUCUCCGAUGUUUCUGGCUCGGAUUAUGACACCAGUUCCACCGCAUCCUCUACCAGUUUCUAUCAAUCUGACUGCGAAAUGUCGCAUGAUUCGAGCGCAGCACCGCGAGAGCUAGAAGACGAUGUGCUCGGUGAAGAGGAGCAAUCGCAAAUGACACUGACACCAGUGCAAGAGGAACGUCGACGCAGGGAUAUAGACACCGCUGGUGCAGGAAAAGUUAGUCCCAAAGCGAAGCAACUACUCGGAGAUGAGCUGGAUUUCUCCUCAAACUUUGCAUUAUCUUCCAGCAAACGAAGGGCCAAUCCAUCCGUCCACUCGUUCGCCACCAUGAGCAUAUCUGAAUCGGAGUGGGCUAGCGGCUCACCGUUGGCCUCCAAGGGCACGAGAGGUCAGCGUCAACCCAGCACAAACUUCCUAACCAAGCUUUGGAGCCCGCGCGCCAAGAAUAGCUCCGCCAACAGCAAGUCACCACCUGUCGAAAGACCAAGUGGACGUGCGGACGGGUCGCUCAAGGAACUAAAAAAGAAAGCUUUCGGUGCAAGCGGCUCUAGUCUGGUAGUUGGGCUUGGUGGACAUAUGGAGCCUGUUAAUACUUGGAUUUGA